CAGCUUCAGUCAUGUGCAAUUCACAGAAGGCGAAAAACGCAGCAACAGAGAGCACCGGGGUUCUGUGUGCAGUGAAGGCAAUUGCAAAAAUCCAGCAGCUGCUCACUCCCAAACACAAGGAGCUGUCUCUGCUCUUGCUUUUCGACCAACUCAAAGCAGCCCUUCUUUUCUGCAGCUGCCAUCGAGUUUUCUGCAUCUCGGAAGCUCAGGGGACGAGCAAGAGUUCUCCAGGACGUCUGCAUCAGGACGAAGCCAACACCCGGGAAAGUUGUCCUGCAACACCUUCCAUAAGCGUGCUAGCAGAGAAUUGAAGGGGCAGGCGAGCGGCAAGCACCGUCCUCUAGCAGCCCGAAGGCUGCGCACAGAAGCCCGGCUCUCUGCGGCUUCGUUCUUCGCCUCUUCCCCGCUACCGCGCUCUCCGGCUCCCGGAGCGAAAGACCGGCUACUUCGCGCACGCUACACCGGAGCGGCAACCGUUAUCCUCUGGAGCGCGGCUACAGCCGAAAGACGCCGGGGACCGGCACUUUCCUCCGGACAGCUCCGGAGACCCCAAAAGCUCAAGGAUGAGAGAGAGGCUAAACGUGCUCGUCUGGAUGGCAGACAUGAUUACUUACUGGAUAUCAUUGCCUCUUGUGUGAAUCUGGACAAAGCAGAAGUAGAAGAUGCUAUUCUUGAUGGAAACCAGAUAGAGCGCAUAAACAGAUUCCUGGCCCCUGGAGGUCUGCGUCAUCUGAUGUUCUACUAUCAAGAUGUGGAAGUAAUGGAUACAGAGUACUUUGGCCUUACAGGAAUAGGAAUGAACUCUCAUUUGAUCAAGAAGAAGAAACUGAAAGUAUUUGUGACAGAGGGAAAAGAAGUUGCUUUAACUGGUGUAUGCAUUUUCUUCAUUAGAUCUUGUUUUUCUAAACCAGUCACAACUGAGAAUAUUUAUCAAGAAAUAAAUUUUAAUAUGCUGGAUAUAGGUCGAGAUGGCUUAUUAAAAAGUGUUGAGCAGUUGAUAUCAGAAAUAUUCAUUCCAGCCUUACAGACUAUGGGCAGUGGCUGGGUUGAACCUCAACAAGUUCCCAAUAUUAAGCAGGACUUCCUUCGUGCCCUUGAAGCAUUUGUUAGUGUCCUAUCAGGAACUCAGCAAAAUCUGUUGGAAAAGGUCAGCCUGAAGAAAUGUGAAACAUAUGAUCUGAAAACUCUAAGAGGACCUUCAGAUUACUUGAUGGUUGCUAACAGUAUAGAGGCUCUUGAAAAAAUAGAAGUCUGCAUGAGAGAAUGGACCAAACAAAUUGUACAGGUUCUUGCAGAAAAUGACCAGUUGAGAAAAGAAGCAGAUGACCUUGGACCACGAGCAGAGCUUGAUUAUUGGAAAAAGAAGUUGUCAAAAUUCCACUACUUUAUGGAGCAGCUGAAGAGCCCAGAUGUGAAGGCAGUGCUUGGAGUACUCACUGCUGCUAAAUCCAAACUGCUGAAGAAGUGGCGAGCAUUGGAUAUUUGCAUCACAUACACAGCAAAUGAAGCUAAAGAUAAUGUGAAAUAUCUGUAUUCUCUGGAAAAAUAUUAUGACCCAUUAUACAAUAGUGAUCCUGUGUCCAUGCUGGAUGCUAUUCCAGGGCUCAUAAAUGCAAUUAAAAUGAUUCAGAGUCUCUCUCAGUAUUAUAACACUUCUGAAAAGAUCUCCUCACUGUUUGUGAAGGUGACCAAUCAGAUGAUCACAGUGUGUAAAUCUUAUAUAGCAAACAAUGGCACAGCCACCAUCUGGAAUCAACCGCAGGAGAGAGUUGUGGAAAAGCUACAAGCAGCUAUUAGACUUAAACAGGAGUAUCAAAAUUACUUCCACAAGAUAAAAGAGAAUUUGGAACAAAAUCCAGCUGAAAGACAAUUUGAUUUUAGUGAGAUAUAUGUAUUUGGAAAAUUUGAAGCCUUUCAUCAUCGUCUGGUAAAGAUAAUAGAUGUUUUCAGUACUAUGAGAACCUACUCAGUUCUACAAGAAUCUAAGAUAGAGGGAUUGGAAGCAAUGAUCACAAAAUAUCAGAGCAUUGUUGACAACAUGAAGAAUAAGCAUUAUGAUUUCUUGGAUCUGCAGAAGACUGAUUUUGACCAAGACUAUGAAGAGUUUUGCAGAGACAUAAAUGAUCUUCAUGAUCAAUUAAGGAGGUUCAUAGACAUCACCUUUGAAAGUAUUCUGAACACUGAAAGGGCACUGAGUAUGUUGCAGAAAUUUGAAAGAUUGCAAAUCCCAAAUCUUGGCAUUGAUGAAAAGUAUCAGAAAAUAUUUCAAAACUAUGGCCAUGACAUAGAAACUGUCUGUAAGAUCUACACUAGGCACAAGAAGGACCCUCCACUGGCUCGUAAUAUGCCCCCAAUAGCUGGCAAGAUCUUGUGGGCACGUCACCUAUUCCAUAGGAUCAAGGAGCCCAUGGUGACUUUCCAGAGACAUCCAGCAGUUCUACAAACACCAGAUGGCAAGAGCAUAAUCCGCAAUUACAACAAAGUAGCAAAAGUUCUUGUGAAAUUUGAGCUGUUCUACCACAGGGAAUGGCUUCAGCAGAUUGAGUUAACUAGAAGAGGACUUCAAACAACUCUCUUGGUAAAAGCUUCAGAAACAGGAGAGUUAUUUGUGAAUUUUGAUCCUCAAAUAUUAACUUUAAUCAGAGAAACAGAUUGCAUGGCUCAUAUGUGCCUUGAAAUUCCACCAUUUGCAAGUGUUAUUCAACAGCAGAGAGACUGGUACAAGAAGAUUGUCAACAAUUUGCACGUGAUGUUGGCAGAAUACAAAAGAAUUAAACUGAAAAUACAACACCCUUUUGAACAACUCAUAGCUCCUCAAUUAGUAGAGGUAGAUAAUGCUAUCCAGCCAGGUCUAAUGUUGCUGAACUGGACAUCCCUGAAUAUUGAGAAAUACAUUAAUACAGUUUUUUCUAAGCUAGCUGGGCUGGAGUUAUUGCUUGAUCGAGUGAAUGACUUGGUUGAAUUUCGUAUUGAUGCUGUCCUUCAAGAAAUGAGUAGAGUGACACUCUGUAUGUUGCCAGAAGAUGAGCCACAGAGCUGUGAGGAAUUUCUUCAGAAGACUAAGGAGCUCUGCAUAAAAGGAUCUGGAACUUUACACUUGAAAAGCUCACUGGUGGAAGCCGCUGUUAAUGAUCUGAUAAACAUGUUACUUGACACCAAGGAACAAUUCAGUAAAGAUGAGAAGUCAAUUGUACCCAGUGGUGAAAAAAGGGACAAGAAUACAGCAAAAGAAGAGGAAAGAAGAUCAAAAAGCUUGACAUCUUCUCAAAAUUCCAGUCAAAUGUGGGCUGGCCUAUCUCCUGCAGCAAAGAGGAAGAGAAUGGAUUUGGAAAAGUUAGAGGAAGAAGCCAAUGAACUGCUUUCUUACUUCAAUGAUCGUAACAUUGAUGCCCUUUUGAAAGUCACUCGACACACUCUGGAGACUAUCCGCAAGCGCAUUCAUGCAUCUUCCACCAUCAACUUCUUAGAAAAUCACAGUAUGUCUAAGGAGAAAAAAGUUGCUUAUCCUAUAAUUAGGACUAAUAUUAACCUAUCUAUACCUAAUGUCAUCAUGACACCCUCUUUGGAUGAGGUACAGCAGACGCUUAAUAAAGCUGUAGAUAGUAUUGUGAAAGUAAUGAAAGGAGUUCGACAUUGGAGUAAGGAGAGAAUAUCCAAGGAGAAACUGUUAGAGAGAAAAAUUUUUCUGUUGCACACUGGGAGCAGAGACAGUGAUUCUGAUGAUGGAAUGAAAGAGACUGGAAAGAAAAACUUCCAUGAUAGUGUAUCAGAUACAGCAUCACUCAGUUCAUCUGAUGCAGUGCAAAGCCAGAGCUACUUCAAGAAUGUUUCAGGGAACAAAGAAAUUAUUAAAUUAGUAUCUUUACUCAGCAGUGCCAUCAAUUCUACAAAAGGGGAAGUUCUUACAGCUUUGGAGAGGUUUAAUUGUUACCACCAUAUAUGGCAGAGAGACAAGGAGGAAACCAUUGAUAAAUUCAUGGUGGGAAACCCAUUACUCUAUGAGUUUGAAUCUGAAAUUCUGCAUUUCCAAGACCUGGACCUGAAAAUUAAUUCUGAGCCUGAAUACAUCUGCGUGGGAGCUAUUGCACUGUACACUGCUGAUCUGAAGCUAGCACUUAGAUCAGAAACUAAAGCCUGGAUGACUUUGCUGGGGUGUCAUUGCAAUAAGAAGUACAGAACACAGAUGGAAACUAUUUUGACUUUUAUAGAGGAAACUGGCAAGAAAUUAAAUCGCAGCAUCACAGACCUGGAUGACAUCAGAAUAACCAUGUCAGCUUUAAAAGAGAUCAGAGAACUACAGAUCUCUAUUGACUCCCAAAUUGGCCCCAUUGAGGAAUCCUAUGCUAUGUUGAGCAAAUAUGAUCUACUUGUUGCCAAGGAAGAGACAGAGAAGGUGGACACGUUGAACUACACUUGGGAAAAUCUGCUAAUCCGUGCAAAUGAAGUGCAGGAUGAGCUUGUUGCUUUGCAACCAAACUUCAGAGGAGAGUUUAUUAGUGCUGUGAAGACUUUUACUGAAGACUGUGCACAGUUCUACUCAGAUUAUGAUCAGAAUGGGCCAAUGGUACUUGGUUUAACACCUCAGGAAGCCAAUGACAGGCUUACUAUAUUCCAGAAUCAAUGUGAUAAUCUCUUUCGGAAAUACAUUACCUGUACAGGUGGAGAAGAUCUUUUUGGUUUGCCAGUUACUCGAUGUCCUCACCUGCUUGAAAUAAAGAAGCAACUGAAUCUGUUGCAGAAACUCUAUAAUCUAUAUAACAGUGUCAUUGACACAAUCAGUGGCUACUAUGAUAUUCUUUGGUUGGAAUUAGACAUUGAAAAAAUUAACAGUGAACUUAUGGAAUUUCAGAACAGGUGCCGUAAACUCCCUCGUGCUGUAAAGGAAUGGCAGCCUUUUCUUGACCUACUGAAGACCAUAGAGGACUUCAGUGAGUGUUGCCCAUUGCUUGAGAACAUGUCAAGUAAAGCAAUGAUGCCUCGGCACUGGAACCAGAUUAUGGAUCUCACUGAACACAGAUUUGAUGUGGAGAGUGAAACAUUCAAACUGAGGAAUAUAAUGGAAGCUCCAUUACUAAGAUAUAAAGAGGAAAUAGAGGAUAUCUGCAUAAGUGCUGUGAAGGAGAGAGACAUUGAGCAGAAGUUAAAACAAGUGAUAGCUGAAUGGGAUAACAAGAUGUUUGUCUUUGCAAACUUUAAAACUCGUGGGGAACUUCUUCUAAGAGGUGACAGUGCAUCAGAAACGAUUGCUGCGCUGGAGGACAGUUUGAUGAUUCUUGGUUCUCUCAUGAAUAGCAGAUACAAUACACCAUUCAAGACGCAGAUUCAGAAAUGGGUGCACUAUCUUUCCAACACAAUGUAUAUAAUUGAGAACUGGCUGACUGUGCAGAAUUUGUGGAUUUAUUUAGAAGCUGUUUUUAUUGGUGGUGAUAUAGCAAGACAGCUUCCAAAGGAAGCAAAGUGUUUCUCUAACAUUGAUAAAUCCUGGGUGAGGAUCAUGACCCGAGCUCAUGAAACACCCAGUGUUGUUCAGUGCUGUGUUGGAGAUGAGAUAAUGGGACAGUUGUUGCCACAUUUACUGGAACAGCUUGAAAUCUGUCAGAAAUCUCUCACAGGGUACCUGGAGAAAAAGCGACUGCUAUUUCCACGAUUCUUCUUCGUGUCAGAUCCUGCUCUCUUAGAAAUUCUUGGCCAGGCAUCCAACUCUCACAAUAUCCAGGCACAUCUGCUGAAUGUGUUUGACAACAUUAAAAACGUCAGGUUCCAUGAAAGGAUAUAUGAUCGUAUAUUGUCAUUCAGUUCACGAGAGGGUGAGACUGUAGAGCUGACUAGGCCUGUAAUGGCUGAAGGUAACGUGGAAGUUUGGCUCAGCUCUCUGUUGAAGGAAUCCCAGCUAUCCCUGCAUCAAGUUAUUCGACAAGCAGCUAUGGACAUCCAGGAAACAAGUUUUGAGAUUACUGAAUUUCUUUCUACUUAUCCAGCCCAGGUUGGGUUAUUGGGGAUCCAAAUGAUUUGGACAAGAGACUCAGAAGAAGCUUUGACUCUUGCCAAGCAGGAUAAAAAGGUUAUGCAUAAGACAAAUCAGUUUUUCCUGGAUCUUCUGAACGUGUUGAUAGAUAUGACAACAAAAGACCUUAGUCCAUUUGAGCGAGUUAAAUACGAGACAUUAAUCACUAUUCAUGUGCAUCAGAGGGACAUUUUUGAUGGUCUUUGCUGCAUGCAUAUCAAGAGCCCUACGGACUUUGAGUGGCUGAAACAAUGUAGAUUUUAUUUUAAUGAAGACAUUGAUAAAAUGGUGGUUAAGAUCACUGAUGUGAGCUUUACAUACCAGAAUGAAUUCUUGGGCUGUACUGACAGGCUUGUCAUAACACCUCUUACAGACAGAUGUUACAUCACUUUGGCUCAAGCUUUGGGCAUGAACAUGGGUGGAGCGCCUGUGGGACCUGCAGGAACCGGAAAAACUGAAACAGUGAAAGAUAUGGGAAGGUGCCUUGGAAAAUAUGUAGUGGUCUUCAACUGUUCAGACCAGAUGGAUUUCCGAGGACUUGGGAGGAUCUUCAAAGGUCUUGCUCAAUCUGGCUCCUGGGGCUGCUUUGAUGAAUUCAAUCGUAUUGAUUUACCAGUGCUAUCAGUAGCUGCACAGCAAAUAGCAAUUGUGUUGACAUGCAAGAAGAAACGUAAAAAAAGGUUUAUUUUUACUGAUGGAGACAAUGUAGAAAUGAACCCAGAAUUUGGCAUCUUUCUUACUAUGAAUCCAGGAUAUGCUGGGCGGCAAGAACUUCCUGAAAACUUGAAGAUCAAUUUCCGUUCAGUGGCUAUGAUGGUUCCUGAUCGUCAGAUCAUAAUUCUUGUUAAAUUGGCUAGUUGUGGUUUCAUUGCUAAUGUUGUGUUGGCAAGGAAAUUCUUUACACUGUACAAGCUGUGUGAAGAACAGCUGUCCAAGCAGGUGCAUUAUGAUUUUGGCUUGCGGAAUAUAUUAUCUGUGCUGCGUACACUGGGAGCAGCAAAAAGAGCAAAUCCUACAGAUACUGAAUCUACCAUUGUCAUGCGUGUUCUGAGAGAUAUGAACCUGUCUAAACUAACUGAUGAAGACGAACCCUUAUUUCUGAGUUUAAUUGAAGAUCUGUUUCCAGAUAUCCAGCUUGAUAAAGCAGGCUAUCCUGAACUUGAAGUAUCCAUUGACAAACAGGUGGAGGAAUCUGGCCUUGUUUGUCAUUCUCCUUGGAAACUGAAAGUUAUCCAGCUUUUUGAAACCCAGAGUGUAAGGCAUGGAUUGAUGACACUAGGACCUAGUGGUGCAGGAAAAACUACCUGCAUCCACACCUUAAUGAAAGCAAUGACAGAUUGUGGACAGCCACAUCGUGAAAUGAGAAUGAAUCCUAAAGCUAUAACUGCUCCGCAAAUGUUUGGAUGCCUUGAUGUGGCAACAAAUGAUUGGACAGAUGGCAUAUUUUCAGCGCUCUGGAGAAAAACUUUAAGAGCAAAGAAAGGAGACCAUAUCUGGAUAGUUCUUGAUGGCCCAGUUGAUGCUAUUUGGAUUGAGAACCUAAAUUCUGUCCUGGAUGACAACAGGACUCUAACACUAGCAAACGGUGAUCGGAUACCUAUGGCACCAAAUUGCAAAAUAGUCUUUGAGCCUCAUAAUAUUGACAAUGCUUCUCCAGCAACAGUUUCAAGAAAUGGGAUGGUGUUCAUGAGCUCAUCAGUUCUCCCCUGGAGUCCUAUCCUUGAGGGAUUUUUGAAAAAAUGUUCCUUUCAAGAGGCUGAAAUUCUACGUCAACUGUAUUUUUCAUCGUUCCCAGACUUGUACCGCUUCAGCAUUCAGUCUCUGCAUUGCAAGACUGAGAUGUUGGAAGCCUUUGUGAUUAUGCAGAGCAUUAAUAUGCUGCAAGGCCUUAUCCCACCUAAGGAGCAAGGUGGGGAACUGACUCCAAAAUACUUGGAAAGGCUGUAUAUCUUCUCUCUCAUGUGGAGCAUAGGAGCAUUGCUAGAGCUGGAGGACAGGUGCAAAAUGGAAUACUGGCUUCGAAAACAUGCAACAGUAAAGCUUGAUCUUCCUUGUAUCCCAGAAGCUAGUGAAGAUACAAUGUUUGACUAUUAUGUGGCAUCUGAUGGUACAUGGAUGCACUGGAAUACACGUGUUGAAGAGUAUGUAUAUCCCACUAGUGGUACCCCAGAGUAUGACUCAAUUCUUGUGCCUAAUGUUGACAAUGUGAGAAUGGAUUUCCUUAUUGGAACCAUAGCAAAACAGGGCAAGGCUGUCCUACUAAUUGGUGAGCAAGGAACUGCGAAGACUGUUAUAAUUAAAGGUUUUAUGUCAAAAUAUAACUCUGAAAGGCACAUAACUAAGAGUUUGAAUUUUUCAUCUGCAACAACCCCAUUAAUUUUUCAGCGUACAAUAGAAAGUUAUGUUGAUAAGCGCAUGGGCACAACUUAUGGUCCACCUGCAGGCAAAAAGAUGACAGUCUUCAUUGAUGAUGUGAACAUGCCCAUAAUCAAUGAAUGGGGAGAUCAGGUCACUAAUGAGAUAGUUAGGCAACUGAUGGAACAGAAAGGACUGUAUAACCUGGAAAAACCUGGGGAAUUUACCAACAUCAUGGACAUUCAGUUUUUGGCUGCCAUGAUCCACCCUGGGGGAGGUCGCAAUGAUAUUCCACAGAGGCUGAAGAGACAAUUUUCAGUGUUCAACUGUACUCUGCCUUCCAAUUCUUCCAUGGACAAAAUUUUUGGUGUAAUUGGAGAAGGACACUACUGUAGUGAGCGGGGAUUUUCAGAUGAUGUGAAGGAAACAGUAGCCAAAUUGGUUCCAUUGACACGCAGACUGUGGCAGAUUACCAAGCUAAAAAUGUUGCCCACACCAGCCAAGUUUCAUUAUGUCUUCAACCUUCGAGACCUCUCGAGGAUUUGGCAAGGAAUGCUGAAUGCUACAUCGGAAGUGAUCAAUGAACCGCAGGUGCUGAUAAAACUGUGGAAGCAUGAAUGCAAAUGUGUUAUUGCUGAUCGCUUCACAACCUCAGAAGAUGUUAAUUGGUUUCACACAGCUGUAGCAAAACUCAUUGAGGAGGAAUUUGAAGAUCCAAAAGCUUUGCUGAAUCGUGAAACAGAUGCAUUCUUUGUUGACUUCUUAAGGGAUGCACCUGCAAGAAUGGAUGAGAAACCAGAGGAAGAUAAUUUAGAUAUUCCCAAAGUCUAUGAACCAAUCUCCUCAUUUCAUCAGCUACGGAAUCGUUUAAAUAAUUUUUUAGAAACAUACAAUGAGAAUGUUUGCGAUACUAGAAUGGACAUGGUUUUCUUUGAGGAUGCUAUGGUUCAUUUAGUCAAGAUUUCUCGUGUGAUUCGCACUCCUCGUGGACAUGCUCUCUUAGUUGGAGUUGGCGGCUCAGGAAAGCAGAGCUUGACAAAACUGACAUCCUUCAUAGCUGGGUAUGACACUUUCCAGAUAAUGUUGACAAGAACGUUGCGACAUAAAAUGCAAACUGCCUCAAGUCUUAUAAGUGGUUUAGCAGGUGAAAAAGAGAGGUGGACAGAAGAGAGUAAAGAAUUUGCCAUGCAAACCAAGACGUUUUGCUUGAACCUCAUAGAAAUGUUGACUGAUGCUCCAACUAUCAGUGAAUGGAACCUGCAAGGAUUGCCAAAUGACGACUUAUCCAUACAGAAUGGAAUUAUUGUCACUAAAGCAUCUCGUUAUCCUUUGUUAAUUGAUCCACAAACACAGGGUAAAAUUUGGAUUAAAAAAGAAGGCAGAAAUGACCUUCAGAUCACUUCUUUGAAUCACAAGUAUUUUAGAAACCACUUAGAAGACAGCCUUUCUUUGGGAAGACCUCUUUUAGUAGAAGAUAUUGGAGAAGAGCUGGACCCAGCACUUGAUAACAUUUUGGAAAGAAAAAUCAUUAAAACAGGUUCAGCCAACAAGGUAAAAGUUGGUGAUAAGGAAGUGGAUGUUAUGAAUGGCUUCAGACUUUACAUUACUACAAAACUGCCAAAUCCUUGUUACUCUCCUGAAAUUAGUGCUCAAACCUCCAUCAUUGACUUUACUGUAACCAUGAAAGGUCUUGAAAAUCAACUCUUAGGCAGAGUCAUUCUCACAGAAAACAGACAGCUUCAUUGCACCAUCAGCUCCCCUUCAACCACUGAUAGCUUGUCAACCCACUAUGAAUUAGAGAAAGAAAGAACUGAUCUUAUUGAAGAUGUGACUAUGAACAAAAGGAGAAUUAAAGACCUAGAAGAUAACCUUUUAUUUCAACUUACAAGCACUAAGAGUUCUCUGGCAGAUGAUGAGACUCUACUAAUUGUAUUGAGUAACACUAGGAAGACUGCUGAAGAAAUAACACAGAAACUGCAAGCUUCUGCUGAAACUGAAGUACAGAUCAAUUCAGCCCGUGAAGAGUACAGACCUGUUGCAACACGAGGUAGCAUCUUGUACUUCCUUAUCAAUGAGAUGAGCAUGGUCAAUGUCAUGUAUCAGACAUCACUUCGACAGUUUUUGGGGCUUUUUGACUUCUCCUUAGCCAGGUCUACCAAGAGCCCUAUAACCAGCAAGAGGGUUACCAAUAUUAUUGAAUAUAUGACAUAUGAAGUAUUCAAACAUACUGCCCGAGGUCUCUAUGAGGAGCAUAAAUUUCUUUUCACAUUACUUCUUACUUUGAAGAUUGAUAUACAAAGAAACAGAGUGAAACAUGAAGAAUUUCUGACACUUAUUAAAGGUGGUGCUUCCCUAGACCUUAAAGCUUGUCCUCCUAAGCCAGCUAAAUGGAUUCUGGACAUGACUUGGUUGAACUUGGUGGAGCUCAGUAAGCUUGAACAGUUUUCAAAUAUUCUUGAUCAAAUUUCCAGAGAAGAGAAACAGUGGAAAAUCUGGUUUGAUAGUAAGAAUCCCGAAGAAGAAUCGGUUCCUAGUGGCUAUGGUCAAUCUCUGGACUGCUUCAGACUUCUUCUUCUUAUCAGAUCUUGGUGUCCUGACAGGACCAUAGCUCAGGCAAGAAAAUAUAUCAUUGACACUAUGGGGGAGAAAUACACAGAGGGAGUCAUCUUGGACUUGGAGAAAACAUGGGAAGAGUCAGAUCCAUGUACUCCCCUCAUAUGCUUUCUUUCCCUGGGCUCUGAUCCUACGGACUCAAUUAUUGCUUUGGGAAAAAGACUGAAGAUAGAAACAUAUUGUGUUUCCAUGGGCCAGGGGCAAGGAAUCCAUGCUCGUAAACUUCUACAGCAGACAAUGGCUCAUGGAGGUUGGGCACUUCUGCAAAACUGCCACCUUGGACUUGACUUUCUGGAUGAGUUAAUGGACACAGCAAUAGAGACAGAGAAUGUUCAUGAAAGCUUUAGACUUUGGAUUACAACUGACAUUCACAAACAAUUCCCCAUCACCCUUCUUCAAAUGUCGAUUAAGUUUACCAAUGAACCACCACAAGGGCUCAGAGCUGGACUAAAGAGAACAUACAGUGGUGUCAACCAGGAUUUAUUAGAUGCCAGUAAAAUGGUGCAAUGGAAACCACUGUUGUAUGCUGUAGCCUUUCUGCACUCCACCAUUCAAGAAAGAUGCAAAUUCGGGUCUCUGGGUUGGAAUAUUCCCUAUGAGUUUAAUCAAGCUGAUUUCAAUGUUGCCGUGCAGUUCAUUCAAAACCACUUGAAUCGCAUGGAUACCAAGAAGGGGAUCUGCUGGAGUACUGUUUGUUACAUGAUAGGUGAGAUCCAGUAUGGUGGUCGUGUGACAGAUGACUUCGACAAAAGACUCAUGAACACCUUUGUAAAGAUUUGGUUCAGUGAAAACACAUUCAGUCAGGAAUUCAGUUUCUACAAAGGAUACAGCAUACCCAAAUAUACUAUGGUGGAUCAAUACCUUCAGUACAUACAGAGCCUUCCUGCUUAUGACACACCAGAGGUGUUUGGUUUGCACCCCAAUGCGGAUAUCACCUACCAAAGUAAAAUUUCCAGAGGUGUAUUGGACACCAUCCUCAGUAUUCAGCCUAAAGAUAGCUCUGGUGGAGGAGGCGAAACUCGAGAGGCAGUUGUAGCCACACUGGCUGAUGAUAUGCUGGAAAAACUUCCUGCUGAUUAUGUACCAUUUGAAGUAAAAGAAAAACUAAAGAAUAUGGGACCUUUUCAACCUAUGCACAUAUUUUUGCGACAGGAGAUUGAACAAAUGCAGAGAGUUAUUUCUUUAGUGAGGAGCACUCUGACUGAUCUAAAACUUGCCAUUGAUGGGACAAUAGUUAUGAGUGAAAAUCUGAGGGAUGCUUUAGACUGCAUGUAUGAUGGAAGGAUUCCUGCUAACUGGAAAAAGGCAUCUUGGCCUUCCAGUACACUUGGUUUCUGGUUUACUGAUCUUCUAGAAAGAAACCACCAGUUUUACAAGUGGAUUUUUGAAAGUCGACCGAACUGUUUCUGGAUGACAGGUUUUUUUAAUCCCCAAGGAUUUUUAACUGCAGUGAGACAGGAAAUAACAAGAGCCCACAAAGGAUGGGCUCUUGACAGUGUAGUGCUGUGCAAUGAAGUCACUAAAUGGAUGAAGGAUGAUAUCACGAGCCCUCCUUCAGAAGGUGUCUUUGUGUAUGGGCUGUAUUUAGAAGGAGCUGGUUGGGACAGAAGAAACAUGAGACUGACAGAAUCUAAGCCCAAGGUGCUCUUUGAGCUGAUGCCAGUUAUAAGGAUAUAUGCAGAGAAUAACACUGCAAAAGAUCCAUGUCUGUAUUCAUGUCCGGUCUACAAAAAGAGCAGUCGAACAGAUCUUAAUUACAUUGCUGCUAUGGAUCUUAAAACCCGUCAGCCUCCAGAGCACUGGGUACUCCGUGGAGUAGCACUUCUGUGUGAUGUCAAGUAAUGUCAAUAAAAAAAAAAAAGGGUUAUUUUCUGAUUUUAAAUGCAAACAUUUUUAUGUAGUUAUAUACAGAGUGGAACACUUCUAAAAAUAUUAUUUCUAAAUCAUAGACUCCAUUAUGGUGUUUUUAUAAAAUUAUUCUCAAUAAACUAAUACAAUAGGCUUAUAAAUGGCACAUCUUACAGUGACAUUAUUUUUGUGUCUUUGAAAAAUCAUUGACAAAUAUUUUGUGCUCCUAUCACUUAUGUGUGCAUAAGCCCUCCUCCUGUAUGCUUAAUUUUACCUUGAAUAAAGAUUAAUUGAUUUGAA